UGUAGGCCUAUGACUGUACACACAGACAAUGUGAAAAUAUAUGGUUUUGGCUGUGUAGCUUGUUUGUCUAGUUUGUGCACUUGUACCAGUGCAACAUCCUUCUGGUUGUGUGUAGGUGGGGGGAGGGGUUUGGAGAUUUAGGUUUGCCGUUUCUCUUCCGGUAUACAGUAAGUCAUUCUCAAAAGAGACGUGUGUGUGUGUGUGUGUGUGUAGCGAUCAUUUUGUAGCCUAGUUCUUAGGAGAGACGUGUGUGUGUGUGUAGUGAUCAUCUUGUAGUUCUCUAGAGAGACGUGUGUGUGUGUGUGGGAAGGUCCAGUUUUAAUCACGGAGGACAUUAUUGGAUACAUCCAGCAGUUUCAGCAUCGCACACAAGUCAACUCAUCUAGUCUCCUGUUGGUGUGUUCAUGGAGGACGUCUCCUCAGAGCCGCUGGCUGCCUCCAGCUCAGCUCAGGAUGGAGGCCAUGUUGGAACCCCUAACCUCUCAGCUCAGGAUGGCGGCCAUGUUGGGACCCCUAAUCUCACAGCUCAGGGUGGCGGCCAUGUUGGGACCCCUAAUAUCACAGCUCAGGGUGGCAGCGUUGUUGUGGCUCCUCAUAUUUCCCAGUGCGAUGUCAAGGGGAACCUCACCAUCACCACACAUCACCACCACUGCUCUGGCCCUGUGAAUUCAGCUGCAACACCGACACAGGAAGCAGACAAAUGCCCAACGAUGUCGGAUCUGAAAGAAUGGAUUUGCUCACAGUAUGAAACCGUUCAGGAGUAUAAUUCCUUACCUGAAGACGAAGUUCUGCUGGCUGAUCGAUACACUCAACUGUUGAUCGUCGAAAAACACGGAGAGCAAGGGGAGAGAGAGAAAGAGAUCGUCAACCGUGGAGCAGGGUUCUUUGGUGCAAGAAGUAGUGGUUAUAAAAGCAUCACCAUAGACCAGUUCUUCAGACCUAAUGGCAGUGGACGUGUUCCCAAAGCUGUGAUUCUCCAGGGAAACUCUGGACAUGGCAAGUCUUUCACCGCACAGAGGAUCAUGUUGGACUGGGCAUCAGGUAACCUCUACCAGGAUGAGUUUGACCUCAUUUUACACUUGAGCUGCAAAGAACUGAACCUAUAUAGUGAAGGAAGUCAGAGUGUUGUGGAUCUUCUGAGCUGCAGUGACACAUUUACCCCUCUGGUCCUAAACAUACUGAAGGACUCACCUCAGAAGGUGCUUCUCCUAAUUGAUGGAUUUGAUGAGCUGCAAUUCCCACUUCAUGAAAUCCGCAAGUCUCCUGUUCCAGACUUUUCCACACCAGCUCGUGUUGAGGUCAUCUUGGGUGCUUUGCUGAAUGGGAGCAUCCUAUCUCACUGCUUCCUGCUGGUCACCACACGGCCCACUGCUUCAGACAAACUGAGCAAGCUGCUCAAGCGUCCUGUGCGCUGCACUGAAAUUCUGGGCUUCUCUGAGGAGGGUGUACAUGAGUACAUAAAGAGGUUCUGUAAACAUGAAGAGGUCGGUAAGGAGGCAUUCAGGCGCGUGCAGGCAAAUGAAACUCUCUACACCUCCUGCUUCAUUCCUGUCAUCUGCUGGAUCGUCUGCACUGUAUUUAAUAAGCAUUUGGUGAAGAAUAAGCAACAGACUAAUAGUCUGGAAACAACCACCUCCAUAUUUGUCCACUUCGUGUCCAUUCUGCAAGAGCACCACUGCCGGGAUUUGAGGCAGCCUGUGCCAGAUCUGCUGAGGAACCUGGGCCAGCUGGCAGAGAAAGGGAUACAGGAUCAGCAGGUCCUGUUUGACAAGGAGAGUGUGGAGAGCACUGUCUCAGAAUCUACCAGUGGUCCCUUCCUGUGUAAAUUCCUGCUGAAGGAGACGGUGGGAACAAAAGAGAUGUUCAGCUUCAUGCAUCUCAGCUUUCAGGAGUUCUUCACUGCACUCCACUACACAUUGGCCCAAGAGGAAGAGAAGGUGAAAGAGCUGCUUAAGCCCAUUGAGCAAGAGGAAGGCAGAACCCACCUCUUACCUGUCAUUCAGUUCCUCUUUGGUCUUUCAGAAGAGAAGGUGAUGCAAGAUCUGAAGAAACUCGGGCUGUCCCACUGCAUGGAAGCACAGCUGAAAAAGUGGAUUAUUCGACUGAUUGAAGAUAGCAACGUCCACAAGAAAAAGGACAUGAUGCUCUUCACUCUCCACUGUCUCUAUGAGCUCCAUGAAGAGGAGUUUGUGAGGAGAGCCAUGGCGGUGUGGGGUGAGGUUAAGUUUGAUCGCAUCCCCCUGACGAGGACAGACUGCUGGGUCCUGCUCUACUGCCUGCAGUGCUGCCCCACCAUCCCAAAUCUGGAGCUCAAAGAGACAAGCCUGAUGCUCACAGGGUGCAACAUCACAACAGACAAGCUGAAAAUGCUGCAGCCUGAACUGAGAAGGUGUCAGAAGUUGGGGUUACACGUGGUGGAGCUGUCAGAUGUUGAUGUGAACGCUCUGGUCUCAGCUCUAGGAGAGGGGAAGACCAUCUCUAAAUUAUGGGUGUUUGACAGCAGCCUGUCAGAGGAGAGUGUGCAGCAGAUCUUCACUGCUCUCUCCAAGCAGGAGAGUGUGGGUGUAGUUGGGCUCUCUGUGAAGACCAUCACCCUACAAACGAGUGAGACACUUCUGCACUUCAUCAACAGCACACAGACUGCAGAUGCGGUUUGUGUCAUGUUACCUGAGGGGGCUGAUGGAGCUGAGAGUCUGUGUUCUGCUCUCGACAUGAGAAGAGAAGAGGAACAUCUCAGGCUGGUAAUUACUAACUAUGGAGAUUCAUCCCCAGAGUCAGAAACCUCAGGCUUGGCACUAGCAGUUAAACUCCCAGAGAUCUCUCACAUCCUGCUGGAGGAAAUCACCUGCAGGUUUCAUCAGCUGAGACCUCUGGCAGAAAACAGUCCAGAGUAUGAUGAGCAUGUGGAUGGUCUGAUGGCGCACGUGUCUUCUCUGCCUGAUCUGAAAUCGGUGUGGCUUGGUGCAGGCUGCCUGACUGAGUUCUGGGCAAACAAGAUCUUGUCCCUUAUACAAACCUGCCCCCAUUUAGAUGAAGUACAGUUUCGGGCUGACAUCAUGGGUCCAAAAGGAUUUGAAUCUGGUUUGCUCCUGGAGGAGGGAAUCCACUUACUGCAGGAGGCACAGCUGCCCCCAGGACGCACCAUCACACUUACAGGGUUGCGGUGCAGGAAGACUGAGGAUCCGUGCAGGAGAUUGAGGGACAGGAAGCUCAGCUGUAAUGAAGAGGUGACGAUGGAGAUUAAAUUGGGUGAAGUUAAUCUCCAUGUGAAGACCAUCGUGCUCAACACCACUGAGAUGCUGCUACGCUUCCUGAAAAGCACACAGACUGUGAAGCUUGUGAAGGUCCGGUUACCUGAGGGGGCUGAUGGAGCUGAGAGUCUGUGUUCUGUUCUCCUGGUGAUAAGAGAAGAGGAACAUCUCAUGCUCUACAUUGGUAACUAUGGAGAUUCAUCCCCAGAGUCGGAAACCUCAGGCUUGGCACUAGCAGUUAAACUCCCAGAGAUCUCUCACAUCCUGCUGGAGGAAAUCACCUGCAGGUUUCACCAGCUGAGACCUCUGGCAGAAAACAGUCCAGAGUAUGAUGAGCAUGUGGAUGGUCUGAUGGCGUACGUGUCCUCUCUGCCUGAUCUGAAGUGGGUGUGGCUGUGUGCAGGCUGCCUGACUGAGUUCUGGGCAAACAAGAUCAUCUCCCUUAUGCAAACCUGCCCCCAUUUAGAUGAAGUAUGGUUUUGGCCUGUCAUCGUGGGUCCAGAGGGCGUUGAAGAAUCUGGUUUGUUCCUGGAGGAGGGAGUCCACUUACUGCAGGAGGCACAGCUGCCCCCAGGACGCACCAUCAGCCUUACAGGCCGACCUACAGGGGAAGCAGGUGUAGGCCUAUUAUGA